AUGAGUGGAGUAGAGCUCGCUGGCUUGGUCCUGGCCGUCCUUCCCCUCGUCAUCUCCGCCCUCGAGGACUACAAUGACGGACUGGACCCGGUGAAAGCAUUCGUGAAGUGGGAAAACUACCUACCUCAAUACAUCCGAAAACUUCGGAAUCAGCAUGUGCAUUAUGAACAAACCCUGCGCCUGCUACUGGCCCCCAUCACCACCGAGUACGAACUGGCCGAGAUGAUUGCGGAACCCCACGGAGACCUCUGGAGAGACCCGACCAUGGCGGAGAAGCUCAGGUACAAGCUGGACGAAUCAUAUGAUGCCUAUCACCACACCAUCAAGGACAUUGAGAAGAUCAUGACGACUAUUGCCGAGAAGCUGGACCUGGAACGCGCUACAUCUAUCACCCGGAAUGACCUGGAGGCCAUGCUACUUGCCCAUGGCCAACCCAAGGUAGCCCAGAAGUUUGAAUUUAGGAAACGCGUUAAAUUUAGCAUGAACAAGAAGAAGGUCAAGAGGCUGCUGGAAGAGCUGGACGAAUGCAACAAAGAGUUGGAGCGCUUUACAGAGAAGUCCGAGAGACUGGAGCCCUAUCGGAAAAGCUCAAAGCCUUCGAUUGCACAGAAGCUGCAAAAAAUACAGACGCUCCGUGGAGCGUAUCCUGUUCCCCUGAACGGCCUUCGACUUUCGCGCAAGGCAGAGACAGUCACGUUGGAAGAGAUCUUAAAGGAUGGCACCAAGAUACGGUUAAGCAAGAAGGACCGGUAUACCCUUGCUGUCACCGUCGCUUCUUCGAUACUUCAGCUGCAUGCUUCACCAUGGGUCAGCGACAACUGGAGCAAACGGGACAUCAUGUUCUACCACACCAUAUCCGCACACCGCUCCAUCGACAUCGAAACCCCAUACGUCAGUCAGAAACUCAUGCCACUUCCUGGCAGUGUCAAGCCAAUAGGGUUCAGCAGUAAGAACACUACUCUACUAGCGCUCGGAAUUACCCUUCUGGAACUCUACUUCGGCAAGCCUUGCGAACAGCAAAUGCCGGAGAAUUUGUACAUGGGGCCAGACAAGUCUCUAGCACUACUGUGUACCGCCCAUCACUGGUACGAAUCGGAGCAGGAGGACCUAUCUGCAGCUUUCCAGGGCGCCAUUGCACACUGCCUGAGAUGCUUCGCAGACCCGAGCGGCAGCCUCCAGGAUCCGGACUUCUUGCAGGCGGCCAUGGAGCAGAUUGUGUUGCCACUGCAAGAUGAACUUUAUCAGUUCUUAGGCACACGAUGA